CCUUGAGCAUGUGCAGAGUUCUCCAUAUUGUACUUUUAGCCUCCCAUCACCUUGAAGGGGUUGAGGGUGAAGGGCAGAGUGCACCAACUCUAAAAGCCUUUAAAAAAAAAUGGAGAGAGAAGCUGUCCAGGUGCUGAACUGAGAGACUGAAUUAAAUCAAUUGUGAGUUGGUGCAAAAGUCCUCAGGAUUAGAACUCGCAGCCAUACCUGCCAAAGCUCCCCCACAGUGGGAAAAAAGCCCUGGAGAGAGCUUUCCUUUUGGGAGAGAGAAAAAAAAAGGGGAGGUUCAGGAAGUCUUGGGGUCCUAAAAUAAGAUUAAAACCCUUGCAAAAAGUUGUAGCCGCAACUGCAAACCUUGUUGCAGAAUUUGUAGUUUCCACCCUGUACAAAAUGGGAGCAGGAGGAUGUCGCAAGGAAAAAGGGGAACUGUUUUAAAUAAAUCGAUGGAUGGACAAGAUUUAUCAAUAUUAGAUUCCAGGAAAAAAAAUGGUUUUUCCAUUUGACAAGGACAACCUCUUUCCUCCUUCCUUUCUUCUGGGAUUGCAACCCAUUUUCCCAAAUGUGACCUCCCCCUCCACCCCCAAAAAAAUAUCCAUGACAAUUUUGUUUACAGGCUGAGUAAAAAGGAAAGAACAUGCUUGAGAAUGCACAGAGUUCUGUCUCCUUUGAGGGAAUGGAACCCCCCCAGCACUUCUGUGCAGAAACAUCAUUUCCUUUAGAGAAGAAGGGAUGGGUCACUUAGCAAAAGCUGCAGCCAAACAGAUGCCACCAAUGAAUUUUCAAGCAGCGUAUGAUUUACUUGUAAUCUGGUUUCCGCCGAAUGGGAAUUCUGGGAAUUGCAGUCCCAAUGUAUUUGAGGAACAUCAGAUUGGACAAGCUUGAUUUAGAAGGAGCUGGAGACUGAAACGGCAAACAAAAUCGUUCAGGCAGCAGAGACAAAUGGGAGCUGCCCAGAGUGCUGAUCCUUCCUUGAAAAGGGAAAAAACCCUGACUGCCCAUCUUGUACUACGGUUUCGUUUUGGGAAGGAUUAACCUGGUUUCCUUAACAGAAGCACCAAGUCUUAAUCCAGGCAAACAUGAAGACGCUGCGCCGGAGAGUAUCUCAUUCCAGGAGUGAAAACUCUGACUAUACUGAGAAGGAAAAGGAGAUGAUGGCAGAAGUCGAACUAAGGAAACUGCAGAAACAGUUUCGGAUGAUGGUGGAGAGCCGCAAGUCCCUUGGUUUCAAAACACAGCAACAAUUGUUCCAUCAGGAAAAACACAUCCAUGCCUUGAAACAAGAACACGAUGCGAUUAAUUUGCUGCUGACUCUCACCAAAUCACCCCACCACCUUUUCAUAGAUGACCGGAACUUCAUGGAGCUCAGAUUCCUUCUGCAGACCAAAGACGAAUACGAUGCUCUCAUCAGAGCCACCAAAAAUUUGAUUGCAGAACUUGAUGACAAGAUAGAAGAGGUGGAAAAAAAGAUUAAAACCCAAAAAGUUCUGAUGAUGAAGCUGAGGCAGGAGUAUGAUGGGAAGUGGCUUCAGAAGCAAAUUCACAAACUGGACAACCGGCUCAAUCAUGCUACGGUACAUUUUGACACUAUCUUGACCAGAAAUGCCAUGCUCCGUGAAGAAAUAGAAACCCUGCAGUGCCAGAAGGCGAUUUUUGAAGGCAUCUACUCACGGCUUCACAAGAAGUUUGAGCAGCAAAAGAGGACCAUGAAUGCAUCCAUUGAGCAGUCAACACAAGCCUACGAGCAGAGGGUUGAAGCCCUGGCAAGAAUCUCUGCCAUGAACGAACGGCGGUCCAAGGAUAUUGCCCAGUUCAACAUAGAGUUUCGGGAGCUGGAGCGAAUCUAUAACCACGAAACCAAGCUGAAGGCAUUCAUGCUCAUCAAACUGGUGGACCGCUCUGAAAUUGAGGAACAGGCCAAAAAGGAUGAAGCACUAAAGGCCAAGAAGCGGGCCAAGUCCAAAGGGGAGAGCUUUGAGAGCUACGAGGUGGCCUACAUGCGACUGAUGAAGCUGACGGAAAACGGGGACAUUGGGCAGCUGGUGGAGGACUACCUGGAGAAGGAAGGGAAGAACUUUGCCUACUUCAGCUACGUCACCGAACUGAACAAUGACAUGGAAAGGCUGCAGAAGAGGAUUGAAGAAGUCCAGAACGAAAUCAGCAAUCUGAAAUCCCAGCAGAAGGCAGCUGAAAAUAUAAUUUAUGGCAGUCUGAAAGGCAUGGAGGAAAAGCUGCAGAAGACCACCGAAAAUGCCAAUCUCUAUGCUUACAAUCUGAAAGAGAGCAGCAAAAUCUUGGACCAGCUGAAAUCCGCAGUGGCUUUCCUGUUCAAGCAGAUCGGCUGCGAUGCCACCACGAUCACGCAGCAUCUGGGAGAAACUGGGGAGAUCACGGAUCAGAAUCUGAUGCAGUAUUUCAGCAUUAUCGAAAAGAAAAGCAACGACCUUUUGCUGAUCGAAUCCUUCUUGCGCUACAAGGAAGUCGAAGGGGAGCUGGACACCGUCCCAUUGCUAAAUCCCUUUUUGGGCGGGAGUGCUCUUCUGAACAAAAUCGACACCAUUAAAGUGGCUCCGCCUUCUCUCAGCGUGGAUCCCUUUGCAGACCUGGGCGAGCCUACAGAACCGCUAGACCAUAAAAACCUGCGAGCCAUGGUCUUGGAGAAUCAGGAGAAGGAAAAAGCCAGGUGGAAUUCCGCCCAGGAAAGAGUGGACAGUGGCAGCAAAGAUAAAAAGAAAGUGUCACCAGUAUAGAAGCGGAGAUAGAAACGGGUGGCAGGAUGAGAAACCGUCUUUUUUCAUCAGCUUCUUUCACAUACUUAGUUUCAUGUAUCUACUUUUAUAUAUACAUAUAUAUAUAUACACACACAGUAUAAAAUGGGAUGCCACGAUGGAUUUUCUUUGCAUAGGAUAAAAAAAGUAUUAACAAAGAAA